AUGGAACCAACAGAAGAAUUAGUGAAUAUAAAUAUUGAAGAGAUUUAUGCAGUGGUCAACCAAAUGAAGGAAAACGGGAAAGCGUCGGAAUUAAUUAAGGGAUCGGUCGAAGAGAUGUUGCAUAGAAAAGCGUUGCAAAUCGCACAAUUGAAUAACAUCGAAUCGAUUGAUAAAAAUAUGCGAAAUUUAUUGAAUAUCGUGUUUCAGAUUGCUAAGGAAGAUGUGUGCACGAAAUCGCUAACAGUAACAAUAAUACAAGACAUUUUCGAUGUUCUUUCGAUCGAUGACUGCGAGUAUUUAUUUAGCAUUGUGGAGGAUAACCUCUCGUUGUGGAAGAAUGGCACCCGCACGCGUACGGCAACACAAAUCUACGCGUUCAACCAGACCGAGGCCACGCCUACUGUACAUGGCCUAAGCCUAAGCCCAAGCCUGAGCUCGCUUGCUAGCCUCUGUUGUAACAUCAAGCGAUCCGGGCUAUGCUUAGUUGAGGCUGAGUGCGAAAGUGCAGCGAAAAUAGAGCCGAAAGAAAGUUUGAGUGAAGAGAAUAUUGAAGAGGAUAUCGAAACGGGUGAAAUUAAAGAGAAUUGCGAUAUCCCCAUCGAUUUUGCAUUAUAUGCGAAAUUUUGGCAAUUGCAAACGUUUUUCACGGCGCCGAAUUCGUGUUAUGAUAAAUCGAAGUGGAAGAUAUUCCAUCAGGUUGGUUUUUAG